AUGGCCGUUCGAAGCGGGCGGACAGCUGCACUGCGGAUGGCCAGCGGUAGCGGGCGGCAGGUGCGGGCGGCCAGCAGUGGCAGGGACUCGAGGAGGCUGACUUCAAUAGAGCACCCAAGCGGAGAUGCAGGGUCGCCGCCUCUACUGACGCCAAGAGCUCAGUUCUGCCCGUCGCCUUCUCUUUUCCUCUCCCCCUCUCUUCCUGAAGUUGCACGGGCUUCAAGCAGUCGAUUUCCCACUCAAAGAGCACAUAUGCGGUCAGUUCCCCCCUUUUCCCCUGUGGCGUGCUCGAUUCCAACCCGAUUUUCUUUCCCGCGGAAAAUUUGGUGCCUACCGCUCGACUCCCCCUGUCCCCCGUGCAGAUUCAUGUCUGGCGUCCACCGCAGUCCUAUAGGCGUCUGCCAGACGCCAUUCCACGCCUAG